CAUUCUUCCUUUCCGAAAUCCGAGCGAAAGAGACAAGAUGGGCCACCAGCAGCUGUACUGGAGUCACCCCAGAAAGUUCGGUCAGGGAUCCCGUUCCUGCCGGGUUUGCUCGAACAGACACGGUCUCAUCCGUAAAUACGGGCUGAACAUGUGCCGCCAGUGCUUCAGGCAGUACGCUAAAGACAUCGGCUUCGUCAAGAUGGACUAGAUCUCUUGUGCCGACGCGUCCUCAGAUGGGUCAUCGGAUCUCUGGAGCACCGGCCGAGACGAUGGGGAUAAUUCAGCACUGAAAAUAAAUGUGUUUUUUUGUCCAAACCUUAA